CAUUGGGAUGGCUCAGCCGUUUCUUCCUCCACCUCCUUCGUCUUCAAGACGACGAAACCGUCUCGUUUCUUCUGAAAAUGCAAGUUUGGUCCAAAAAUCUCAGUUACCUCAGGUUCAACAUUCACCUGCAGCUCAAAAAACUAACGACGUUUCUCAACCUACUCAAUUGGUCGACUUCAAUUCUUUGCCGCUUGCGUCUGCGUCGUGUGAUGAUGAAUACGCUUGGAUGAAUCAAGAUUCUCAACCUCACGAGCAGAAUUCAGUUUUUGAUUUCUCGUCUCAAGCCGCACAAUCUCAGCAUCCUACUCACUCAACUGCAUAUGCUCAGCUUGUGACUGAGUCUCGAAUGGAUGCUUCUGCCCACCCACAGCAAAGUUCUAGCGUAUUUGAGGUAAAUAGUGGUACCCUACAGUCACAAAGUUUGUUUCCCAAUCCUUCUUUGCAAGCGAGCAAUUCACCUUUCGUGCAACCUCUUCAGCGACCACUUUUUCAACAGCAACCCGUUCUGCAGCAACCUAUUCAACAGCAACCCGUUCUGCAGCAACCUGUUCAACAGCAACCCGUUCUGCAGCAACCUAUUCAACAGCAACCCGUUCUGCAGCAACCUGUUCAACAGCAACCCGUUCUGCAGCAACCUGUUCAGCAGUCACUUUUUCAGCAGCAACCUGUUCAACAGCAAUCUGUUCAGCAGCCACCUUUUCAGCAGCAAUCUGUGCAGCAGCUAUCCGUUCAGCAGCAAUCCGUUCAGGUACAUGCAGUUCAGCAGUCAGUCCAGCAACAAGGGUCACCAUUACUGAGCUUUGAUCAGCAACAGGUGCUAUCACAACCAGCAGCAGGUGACUGGACUGCUUUUGCUCAACCUCCAGCUGAAACUAGUGUUGUUAGCGAGAGUGAAAUAGAUGAUGAUAUUGAUUUUCAAAUCUCUCAGAUGGAACAAGAGCUUGCACAGCUUGAUGCAUUUGCUUCAGAAUACGAGGCUAUGGACUGGGGCACACAGGAGCAAAAGGUAGAUGUGAAAGCAACUGGUAUCUAUGAUGUUCCAGCAUUUCAGACACCUGGAGCAAAUGUUGGCCAAUACCAGCGACAAGAACAGUCGACGUCUCAAUCCCCACCCGUUCUAUUUGACUUUGACAGUGCAUUUCAAUUUGGACAGUCUGUAACAGUCAGCCAAGCUCCCUUUCCUCCUCAGUCUACGGUGUCUGGACAAGAUCCGUUGAGGCAGGAGGCACUAUAUCAGGAGCCUUCACAAAUUAGAGUGAAGAAAUCAAUGAAAUUAUCAGGGCAGCCAACAGCUGCUGGUUCGAAGGCCAACCAGAGAACUCACAAAGCGAUACAUACCUUUGUGGGACGGCAUGACGAUGAAGUAGAACUGGCCAAAGGAGAUCCAGUGAAUGUCGAGGUGACAGGCGAAGAUGGCUGGUGUACAGGUAUAAACCUCAGAACAAAUCGAAGGGGCAUUUUCCCCUCAUCUUGUGUGGUGACGGUGUCAAAUCCGUCUCAAGCAACAGGAUCUUCAUCGCUUCCUCGCUUUCCAGUAAAGUUCCUUGGUACAGUGACACUGAAGACUCACAGAGGCAUGAAGUAUCUCAGUGCUGCCAUAACAAAGGUGGUUGCAGCCAGACAAGUUGGCAAGGCUCCGCCUCCAGUUGUCCAGGUCCUGGAAGUCUCUGUUCAAGGUCUGAAGGUGUAUUUCACCGACAAUGGAAGCAUUGACAAGUCAAAACGAGCAAAUCAUUUUCCACUGGAGAAAGUAACCUAUAUCGGUCAACAUCCUCAACAUAAUAAAUUUUUUGGAUUCAUAACUGAAUCGCCAUCUCGUCAAGGUGGCUUUGUGUGUUCUGUAUUUGUCUACCAGUCCGACUCCAAACCGAUUUGCGAGGCUGUCAGUCGGGCCUUCAGAAAUCUUAAAGGAGCAUAUCUCGAUCAUUCAAACCCAACAUAUGACUUUUAUGCUGAGUAGAUAGACAUUCAGGCUUUGCUUUGCAAAACGCAUGCGUACUAAAAUGAAGGCGGUGCUUUAUUCAAUUAGUGUGAAUUUGUUAUAAUAGCAAUCUGUUGUGUCC